GAAAACAACCCAGCUCCGAGACCACCGAAAGAUUGUGAAGGGGCGAGUGGUGGACCAAGAGGAUGUGGUGCUCUUGGAUGGCACCAGAGGGCGAUCCUGCCCUACGGGUCAACUUCGGCUUUUCUCGCCAAUUGUGCCAGAGACAAAGGAUUCCCUAGGAUCUGUAAAUCCUGCAGCCUUCUCUUGGGCGAGCCAGCGGGUAAAGCGAAGAGUUGGACAGCCUCUCGCUUGGACAUGAUCUCUCUGGGAAGCUACAGCCUGGCACAAUUCUCCAAACAAUUUGCUGGGAUGGGACUUCCUCACCCUUAAAGACGUCAAGAGCGGCCACAGGUUUGAGGGCGUCUUGUCUUCUCGCUACUACUCCGAGAAAAAGAAGGUGCACACGAUGGGUUUUGAGAAGGUCUGGAGGGACUUCUGGAGUUACGAGACACCCAAAGUGAUUGUGGUGAAGAAUCCUAACUUGGGCAUCAUUUACAGGCUGGUCCAGCUUCUGAUCCUGGUUUAUUUCAUCUGGUACGUGUUUAGCAACCAGAAGGGCUACCAGGAGUGUGAAUCCGGUCCAGAGAGCUCCGUCAUUACCAAAGUCAAAGGGGUGACCUUCUCGGAGCGCAAAGUGUGGGAUGUGGAGGAAUAUGUGAAGCCCCCAGAGGGAGGCAGCGUCUUCAGCAUCAUCACCCGGGUUGAAGUGACUCCUUCGCAGACCCAAAGGACCUGUCCGGAGAACCUGAAGGCCUCCUGCAUGUCUGACCACGAAUGUGCCACGGGUGAGAUGGAGGUGCUGGGGAAUGGAAUGAAGACGGGGCAUUGCGUCCCCUACAACAUCACCAAGAAAACCUGCCAAGUGAUGGCUUGGUGUCCUGUGGAGAACGGAGCGACAUUCAGCGAGAGUUUGGCGACGAUGGCUCCAGAGUUCACCAUUCUGAUCAAGAACAGCAUCCAUUUCCCUCGCUUUCACUUCUCCAAAGAGAACAUCCAGGACAACAGUGAUGGCUACCUGAGGAACUGCACUUUCAACGAAACCACAGAUCUUUACUGUCCCAUCUUCAAGCUGGGCUUUAUUGUGGCACAGGCAGGCGAGGACUUUUCCGAACUGGCUCAGAAGGGCGGUGUGAUCGGCGUGAUCAUUAACUGGAAUUGCAAUCUUGACCUGCCGGACUCCGAGUGCAACCCCAGAUAUUCCUUCCGCAGGCUGGAUCCCAAAUGGACUCAGGCUUCCUCUGGCUACAAUUACCGGGCUCCGGGGUAUCACCACCACAUCUGGAAAAACCAACAACUUCUGCUUGAAUUCUCCAGAUUUGCAAAGUAUUAUCAGGAGGGUGGAAGAAGCACGCGCACCUUGAUCAAAGCGUACGGAAUCCGCAUCGAUGUCUUAGUGCACGGACAGGCCGGGAAGUUUAGCCUUAUUCCUACCAUCAUCAACCUGGCCACAGCCCUCACAUCCAUCGGAGUGGUGUCCUUCUUCUGUGACUGGAUAUUGCUGACUUUCAUGAAUAAGAACAAGGUGUACAGCGCCCGAAAGUUUGACCAGGUAUCCAAGAAUCCCGAGGCCUCUGUGAAAAUUGAAUUCAGGGCCACCAGUUUCGGCCCCCAAACUUUCCCCUUGGAAGACCUCAAAGACCCCCAACGCCCUCUGAAGCCCUAGGUGCUUUGGAGAACAUCAAGCCCCCCCCCCUCCUCUCUUUGGCAGCCCCUCAAGUAUUGGAAAUAUCACGUCGCCCCUGGUCUUCCUCUUCGUUAGACGAGACAUACCGUUCCAAAGUUUCAUACGGCACUGAAAACAGGACUUAGGACCCGUUUUUCAAACUUAUGACCGUUGCAGCAUCUCCAUGGCCAUAAUUUACAUUCAGAUAUUUGACAAUUGACUCGUAUUUAUGACGGCUGAAGUGUUCCCGGGGGCAGGCGGGCUUGGGGGAGGGGCUCACGUGAUCAACUUUUGCGACCUUCCGGCAAGCCAAGUUGAUGGGGAAGGUGGAUUCGCUCAACAAACCUGUGUUACCCACUGAACGACGGCGGCGGUUCGCUUAGCAGGCAUGGCAAGAAACGGGACAAAACCCCGCUUCGCAAAUGUCUCGCUUAGCAACGGAAACAUUGGGCUCAAUUGUGGUCGUUAAGGGGAGCCCUAUCUGAGUUGGGAACCAGUUCACCUCAAGGAUGCCGUCUCUGCAGGGGUGGGCUGCUGGAGUUGAGGGUUCGGGAAAACCUCUAGCUAAGAUUCUGGGCAGUUCGGAGAACCAACCAAAUCCCUCUCCUGGCUGGCCUCGUCCACCCCGCCCCUUCCCCUUCCAGGAGUCCCCACGUGGCCCGUUUUGGAUGCAAGUAAGUGCAGGGCGCGUACGGAGGCUCAGGGAGGGCGAAAAACGGGGCUACUGGAAGUUCGGAAGGCUGGAAACGGGCCCAUUUCCGGUCUCCAGAGCCUGCGGAAGCCGUUUUCACCCUCCCGCAGGCUCAAGAAAAGCCUCCGGAGCCCGGGGAGGGCAACCCCCACACCCUCCGCUGUGGUGCAGGAGGCCGACGAGGCCACACACCCACCCUGGCCACAUCCACCCACCAACUGGGCAGAGAACCCCUUCCUAAGGGUCCGGAAACGCUGAAAAUAAAUUGCAAGUUUCAUGUUA